AUGGCCGACUCAAACAACACUACAGCUUCUCGUCUCAUCAACCUAAAACUCGCUCUUCCCUUCCUUCUCCUAACCUCUCUCCCCGUCUUGCUCUCACUGAUUCUCACAAGCUGGCAUAGCGACUUCGACCCUUCGCCACUUCCAGUGAGCUACGGUUUCCGGUCGAAGGCCGCGGCGGCGGCGGAGGAGCAUAACUCUGUGCUCGGCGUGAGCGAACGAGUCGGUGAAGGGCUUCGGGGACCGGAGGAUUUGGCUUACGAUGAGAAGGAAGGGGUUCUGUAUACUGGAUGUUAUGAUGGAUGGAUAAGGAAAGUUCGGGUGGCGGCGCCGGCGAGGGACGAGGAGGUGGAGGAUUGGGUCGAAGUUGGUGGCCGCCCGCUCGGGCUUGCUUUGGCUUCCGAUGGAAGUCUUGUCGUGGCCGAAGCUUACAGA